GCUCCGAGGCCCGCGGCGCGAUGGCAGUCCCCGGCCCCCUGGCCGAAUGUGGCUACAUCCGGACGGUCCUGGGCCAGCAGAUCCUGGGACAACUGGACAGCUCCAGCCUGGCCCUGCCCUCCGAAGCCAAGAUGAAGCUGACGGGCAGCAGCGGCCUCGGCGGCCAGGCGGCCAAGAGCUUGCGGAUCCAGGAGCAGGUGCGGCAGACCCUGGCCCGGAAGGGCGCGAGCUCCGUGGUCCACGGGAAUCUUCACCGAACCAGCAGUGUUCCCGAGUAUGUCUACAACCUGCACUUGGUUGAAAAUGAUUUUGUUGGAAGGGGUUCCCCUGCUCCUAGAAACUAUGACAUGUUCAAGGCGGGCACGGCUGCCACUUAUGGAAGUCGCUGGGGGCGAGGGAUGGCGCAGUACAGCUCGCAGAAGUCGGUGGAGGAGCGCUCCUGGAGGCAGCCCCUCCGGAGACUGGAGAUGUCCCCCGACGGCAGCCCCGAGCGGCCCCGCUACGCGCACAGCGAGUACCAGCAGGGCGCGUGGAGGAGCCGCGCCUCGGCCUCGGCCGCGGCGGUGGCGGCGGCGGGCGGGCGCCUCACGCUGCCGCCGCGCAUGCGCUGGGAGACGCGGGGCCUGCGCCAGGCGGCCGGCGUGCAGCGCUCGCUCGACGCCCGCCGGCGACAUCCGGGGCUCUGGUCCGUGAGCGACGCGGGCUGCGACGGCCUCCCGCAGCCCCGGCCGGGCACCAGUCACAGCGCGGGCAGCCUGCUGGAGAAGGAGAACUUCCUGAGCGCGGGACCCGCCGGCCAGGCCCGGCCGCCCGGGGCCGUGCAGAGUAGGGCCGCCCGGGCCUCGUGGCCGCGGAGCUCCUUCCACAGCGCGCCGCCCGACGCGGGCCGGACGCUGCCCACGGUGGGCCAGGCGGCCGCGGGCGCCAGGGACGCCAGUGUGGAGAGAAGCGGCUUCACAGACUCCCAGCUCGGGAAUGCAGACAUGGAGAUGACCCUGGAGCGAGCAGUGAGUAUGCUUGAUGCUGACCACAUGGCACCAUCCAGGAUCUGUGCAGCAGCCACUUUCAUACAGCAUGAGUGCUUCCAAAAAUCUGAAGCACGGAAAAGGGUCAAUCAACUUCGUGGCAUCCCUAAGCUCCUGCAGCUGCUCAAAGUUCAGAGUGAAGACAUUCAGCGAGCUGUGUGUGGAGCCUUAAGAAACUUGAUGUUUGAAGACAAUGACAACAAGUUGGAGGUGGCUGAACUGAAUGGAGUCCCUCGGCUGCUCCAGGUGCUGAAGCAAACCAGAGAUUUGGAGACCAAGAAGCAGAUAACAGGUUUGCUGUGGAAUUUGUCUUCCAAUGACAAACUCAAGAAUCUCAUGAUCACAGAAGCCUUGCUUACACUGACAGAGAAUAUCAUCAUUCCUUUCUCGGGGUGGCCUGAAGGAGACUACCCCAAGGCAAAUGGUCUGCUCGAUUUUGAUAUAUUCUACAAUGUCACUGGAUGCUUAAGAAACAUAAGCUCGGCUGGCCCUGAGGGGAGGAGGUUGAUGAGAAAAUGUGAUGGCCUCAUCGAUUCACUGGUCCACUAUGUCAGAGGAACCAUCGCAGACUACCAGCCAGAUGACAAGGCCACAGAGAACUGUGUGUGUAUUCUUCAUAACCUCUCCUACCAGCUAGAGACAGAGUUCCCAGAGAAAUACUCCCAGAAUAACUAUCUUCAAAACCGGAAUAUCCAGACUGACAAUAACAAAAGUGUUGGAUGUUUUGGCAGUCGAAGUAGGAAAGUGAAAGAGCAAUACCAAGACAUGCCACUGCUAGAGGAAAAGAGCAACCCCAAGGGUGUGGAGUGGCUGUGGCACUCCAUUGUGAUAAGGAUGUAUUUAUCCUUAAUUGCCAAGAGUGUCCGAAACUAUACUCAGGAAGCAUCCUUAGGAGCUCUUCAGAAUCUCACAGCAGGAAGUGGACCAAUGCCGACAUCAGUAGCUCAGACGAUUGUCCAAAGGGAAAACGGCCUUCAGCACAUCCGAAAGAUGCUACACAUUGGGGAUCCCAGUGUGAAAAAGACGGCAGUCUCCCUGCUGAGGAACUUGUCACGAAAUCUUUCUCUGCAAAAUGAAAUUGCCAAAGAAACUCUACCAGAUUUGGUUUCCAUAAUUCCUGACACAGUUCCAAGUACUGACCUUCUCAUUGAAACAACAGCCUCUGCCUGUUACACACUGAACAAUGUAAUACAAAAUAAUUAUCAGAAUGCAAGGGACCUCCUGAAUACUGGAGGCCUGCAGAAAAUUAUGAACAUCAGCACAGAUGAUACCUACAUCCCCAACAAGGCCAGCAAAGCUGCCUCUGUUCUUCUGUAUUCUCUGUGGGCCCACACAGAGCUUCAUAACGCCUACAAAAAGGCUCAAUUUAAGAAGACAGAUUUUGUCAACAGCCGGACUGCCAAAGCCUACCACUCCCUUAAAGACUGAGGAGAGUGAAACAGGCUCACUUGUUCCCACUGCAUAGUACUCCACUAUGUAACACCCUCACCCCCAAGGAAAAAUGCCUCUUUUUCUACUACCAAGCUCAAGAAACCUCAAAAGGCAUGCCUUGUUUCUAUCCUUUUCUAUGGCCAUGGUCCACAAAAUCCAGAAAAUGAAUAAUCAGAACAUAACUUUGUUAGGCUUGAAGAAGAUUUAGGCAAGUUUGCCAAUCCUAGAUACUGGCAACAGGUCCUACUUUUACCCUUUGUAGACUUCUUAUCUGGGCUUAUGGUACACAGCCUGGAACAAACGUGAAUUCGUGUGGAAUGAAUUACAUUAAAAGAAUACAUGAAGAAAGAAUCUUGUUAUAGUACUAGACUUUUAAAGUUUGAAUUACAUUUCUAUUCUUUCCUGGUUUCUUUUCUGCACAUCAGCUCACCAUUGAGCCAUGAGUGUAUUGUCCUACAGUGUUGAAGAAGGACAGAGUGACAAGAAAUAUUUGCAGAGUUGUCCAGAAGAAAAUCCAGUGGGGAACUUGUUUCACUUUGUGUUUUGUUUGCAGUUUUUCUUCCUCUGGUUUUAAACUGAACUUAAGAGGUUUAAGAGAGCUUCAUGACUAUAAGAAAAGGAGAUUGAGAAGUGGUCACAAAUUUAAAAAUCUUUUCUACAUACAAAGACAGCUAUUACAAAAUUCCACGUUCUUCCUAAGCACUGUGUGAGUGGGAUUUUUACUCCGAGUUCAUUUACUUGUAAUACCACAGUUAGAUGCAGAUCUCUAACCAGUGACAUUUAUUGUGAUCCAUUUCCUGGCUUUUUUAUACCCUGCAUUGGGGUGGUAGAAGAAUAGACCACUCUUUAGCUCCAAGAGGAUCAAAAGGCCUCAGACUGGUAUGCCAGUGCUAGGGGAUUGAAAGCAGCUUGUUUUAAAGAAUCAUAGUGUCUAGCAGCCCAACAUUAUCCAUCGUUAGAACUAACAGAGCCACUAAACGACAUGAGCUCUUCCUCAAUGUAAGUCAAGAAAGCUCUAAAGAAGAAGGAAGAAGUCAUGUUGAGAAAGAUUGGAUGGAGAUAACAAGGCCAUUCAGGAGCUAUAUGAGAAGUACUAACCUAUGGAAGGUAACAUCAUCUAGGGAGCAGAAUCUGUGUGAAAUGUAGGCUAGGCUAUAAUUAAGCCAUUCAGUUAGUCCUCUCAAUUCCAAUUCAGUUCUUCUUACUUCCUUAAGGUCUGACAGUGUUUGUGACAAAGUAUGAGAAGAAAAAGAAUCCUCCAGCUCUUUUGGUCAGAAAAAAUAUAAUAGACAAUAAAUUCAAAUUUCCAAUUUAAA